AUGGUGACGGCGCUAGCGGCGGCGGCGGCGGCGGCGGCGGCGGCGGCGGCCACAGGGGCUCCGCGGGGGGGCCAGGGGGCUCCGCGGGGGGGCCAGGGGGCUCCGCGGGGGGGCCAGGGGGCUCCGCGGGGGGGCCAGGGGGCUCCGCGGGGGGGCCAGGGGGCUCCGCGGGGGGGGCCAGGGGGCUCCGCGGGGGGGCCAGGGGGCUCCGCGGGGGGGCCAGGGGGCUCCGCGGGGGGGCCAGGGGGCUCCGCGGGGGGGCCAGGGGGCUCCGCGGGGGGGCCAGGGGGCUCCGCGGGGGGGCCAGGGGGCUCCGCGGGGGGGCCAGGGGGCUCCGCGGGGGGGCCAGGGGGCUCCGCGGGGGGGCCAGGGGGCUCCGCGGGGGGGCCAGGGGGCUCCGCGGGGGGGCCAGGGGGCUCCGCGGGGGGGCCAGGGGGCUCCGCGGGGGGGCCAGGGGGCUCCGCGGGGGGGCCAGGGGGCUCCGCGGGGGGGCCAGGGGGCUCCGCGGGGGGGCCAGGGGGCUCCGCGGGGGGGCCAGGGGGCUCCGCGGGGGGGGCCAGGGGGCUCCGCGGGGGGGCCAGGGGGCUCCGCGGGGGGGCCAGGGGGCUCCGCGGGGGGGGCCAGGGGGCUCCGCGGGGGGGGCCAGGGGGCUCCGCGGGGGGGCCAGGGGGCUCCGCGGGGGGGCCAGGGGGCUCCGCGGGGGGGCCAGGGGGCUCCGCGGGGGGGCCAGGGGGCUCCGCGGGGGGGCCAGGGGGCUCCGCGGGGGGGCCAGGGGGCUCCGCGGGGGGGCCAGGGGGCUCCGCGGGGGGGCCAGGGGGCUCCGCGGGGGGGCCAGGGGGCUCCGCGGGGGGGGCCAGGGGGCUCCGCGGGGGGGCCAGGGGGCUCCGCGGGGGGGCCAGGGGGCUCCGCGGGGGGGCCAGGGGGCUCCGCGGGGGGGCCAGGGGGCUCCGCGGGGGGGCCAGGGGGCUCCGCGGGGGGGCCAGGGGGCUCCGCGGGGGGGCCAGGGGGCUCCGCGGGGGGGCCAGGGGGCUCCGCGGGGGGGCCAGGGGGCUCCGCGGGGGGGCCAGGGGGCUCCGCGGGGGGGCCAGGGGGCUCCGCGGGGGGGCCAGGGGGCUCCGCGGGGGGGGCCAGGGGGCUCCGCGGGGGGGGCCAGGGGGCUCCGCGGGGGGGGCCAGGGGGCUCCGCGGGGGGGGCCAGGGGGCUCCGCGGGGGGGGCCAGGGGGCUCCGCGGGGGGGGCCAGGGGGCUCCGCGGGGGGGGCCAGGGGGCUCCGCGGGGGGGGCCAGGGGGCUCCGCGGGGGGGGCCAGGGGGCUCCGCGGGGGGGGCCAGGGGGCUCCGCGGGGGGGCCAGGGGGCUCCGCGGGGGGGCCAGGGGGCUCCGCGGGGGGGCCAGGGGGCUCCGCGGGGGGGCCAGGGGGCUCCGCGGGGGGGCCAGGGGGCUCCGCGGGGGGGCCAGGGGGCUCCGCGGGGGGGCCAGGGGGCUCCGCGGGGGGGGCCAGGGGGCUCCGCGGGGGGGCCAGGGGGCUCCGCGGGGGGGCCAGAGGGCUCCGCGGGGGGGCCAGAGGGCUCCGCGGGGGGGCCAGAGGGCUCCGCGGGGGGGCCAGAGGGCUCCGCGGGGGGGCCAGAGGGCUCCGCGGGGGGGCCAGAGGGCUCCGCGGGGGGGCCAGAGGGCUCCGCGGGGGGGCCAGAGGGCUCCGCGGGGGGGCCAGAGGGCUCCGCGGGGGGGCCAGAGGGCUCCGCGGGGGGGGCCGAGGGCUCCGCGGGGGGCCGAGGGCUCCGCGGGGGGGCCGAGGGCUCCAAACAAGUGCUGAUUCACACACAUCUCUCCCAAAUAAAGCCAGAGGCAGAGUUCUCAGAAAAGAAAGAGGAGGAUGUGCCAAUUGUGACACUAUUUUUGGAGGUUGGUACUAUGUUUCUCUGA